AUGGAUCCGCCUCAAGUCCAUAUAGAUGGCAAACCCGACACAUCGAACGCGACGCAACGAUCCGACCGCGGCAAAACGUUCCGCAUCCGAGCCGUGCCUAUAUCCUGGGAUUCGAACCGACUGGCAUCGUUUCUGCGAGAUUCCACCGACGAUACACACCCAACUGUGCUAUCACUAGCUCCCGAAAUCCACGGGCGGACACAAACAGCCACUGCGACGUUCUUACGAGUUCCGCCGCUUCCACGAGGCGCAAAAGCCUGGCGUAUUCCAUUACCAGCCGGGGAUCAACUCCAAAAUAAACGACAAAAAUCGAUCGAGCUCGAUGGCGACUUCCUCGGGGUCACGACCUUGUACCAACCGCCGCCACACGAGCAUCAGACCGAUAUCGUUGCGAUAUCCGGUAUCGGUGGACAUGCGUUCGGCUCGUUCAAGGAGAGGGGCGGCGAUUACAUGUGGCUACGAGACGGCCUGGCCGAUGACUUGACGACAGCACGGAUCAUGAUAUAUGGCUACAAAUCGACAAUACCAAAUAGCAAGAGCAUGCAAACUCUAGCAGAUCUUGCAUUGUCAUUCUACACUUCGCUUGAGUCGCUCAUUGGUGACGAAGAUCCCAAGCCAAUUGUUUUCAUUGCACAUAGUCUAGGCGGCCUAAUCGUUAAACAAGCCUUGGCAGAAUUAUCAAAGUCUGAAAAUGAGGUCCAUGUGAAGCUCAUGCAAGCAGUGCAUGGACUUGUCUUCUUUGGGGUGCCUAACGAUGGCAUGGACAUCAAGUCUCUGAUCCCUAUGGCAGGGGAUGGGCCGAACCGAUCACUAAUCGAGUCCCUCAGCAGUAGCAACUCACAAAUGUUGCGUACUUUACAUCAGGAAUUCCACGAUAUCUUGGCUAACAAACCUCAGGAUGAAAACGGUAAAUGGAGUAUGAAAGGACCGGAAACGGUGCUGGUUACCCAAGCAUCCGCUAUAAACUGUCGCCGCUGGGAAACUGGCUCUGCUUAUAUAUGUCCAAUCUCUCGUAAUCACUCCGACAUGGUCAAGUUUGAAGAAGAGGAUGAGGAGUAUGAAAAAGUCCGUGGAAGGAUCAGGAAUAUUGUGAGAAAAGCGAAGAUCCAUCCACCAGUCUACGAUAUCAGAAGUCGUGCCAUCUAUGACAAUACAUAUUCUUCCAACGCACAGUUGGCUGUGAGAACAAACCAAUUCGCCGACGCACAAGAUACGCCGACGCCAGUCUAUAGCGGAGCCGCAGACCUAUCUCAUACAUCAAAGCCGGAAGAUGGAACUCAACAAGAAGUUAAAGAUGCCUUUCUCCGGUCUCUUGGGUUCUCUCGCAUAGACGACCGAUACCAUGCCAUAGACGCUGCCCACCCUGGCACGUGCGAGUGGCUUUUCGAAACCCCGUCGUUUCACAAGUGGUGGAAUCGCGAUGAACUCGAGCUAAAUAACGGAGUCCUGUGGAUCAAAGGAAAACCGGGAGCGGGAAAGUCAACCUUGAUGAAGCACAUCCUACACUGGUGUGAAGAUCCGGAUCACUUCAAACCCCAAUUAAUCGUCCGAUAUUUCUUCAACGCACGAGGCGUUUCCGAGGAAAAGUCAGUGUUGGGAAUGCUACGUUCAAUUUUAAUCCAACUACUUACCGAGGACUCGACUAUUUUCGACAACUUCUUCCAAAUGUUCAAACAACGAGAUACGACUAAACAGGACUGGGUUUGGGAAGUGGCCCCAUUGACCAACUUCAUUCUUGAACUGGCCAAGAAGAAAGCCACCAGACCAAUGGUUAUUCUCAUCGAUGCAUUGGAUGAGUGCGAUGAAAGUGACGUAAGGCUUGUUGUUGACUUUCUUGAAAACCUAAGUUGCCACGCUAUCUACUCGGGGUUUGAGCUGAGGAUAUGCCUGUCAAGUCGACAUUACCCCAACAUCACCAUGAAUAAGAUGGUUCAGUUGAUUGUGGAGACGGAUCUGGGACAUGAAAAUGACAUAUCAACGUAUAUCAAAGCAAAGCUCCGGGUUCAAGAUGAUGGCGUCCAGGAGAGAGUUCAGAAGAAAGCAGAUGGCAUUUUCAUGUGGACCGUUUUGGUUGUGUCAAUUCUCAAUAAGGAGUUCGACCAAGGCUCUCGGGAAAUAUUAGAAAAGACUCUGGAAGACGUCCCUGGAGAUCUGGAGGAAGUCUUUGCUAAUCUUCUAUUGGAAGACGGGAAGGCUGACCCAGAAGCUGCGCUCAUGUUUCAAUGGGUGCUGUUCAGUCAAAAGCUAUUGAAGCCUCAAGAACUAUUUCUUGCAACUCAGAUGGGGUUAUCUCCAGAUUCUAAUGGAGUAUGGGAUCACUCCAAGUUUACUCUGGACUAUAUCAAACGUCGCAUUGUUGCCAUUUCGAAAGGCCUCAUCGAAGUACGAAGUGGCGGUGAUAAUGACGACCUAUAUGUCCAAUUCAUCCAUUUAUCGGUCAAAGACUUUCUUUCUCGGAACAACAGGCUACAGGCACUGGAUCCUACCAUUGGACAAGAGCCCGUCCGCCUCAGCCACCGUCGACUCUGGAGGAUCUGCUGGGAUUCUAUCAACCGGUUUCAUGCUCAGAACGCAGAUUUCAGUAAUGACGAUCCUUAUUUUGAAUCUCGGCUCAGCUCUCCAUUCAUUAAAUACGCAGCGAGCUUUUUGUUCGACCAUGCCAACUGGGGAAUAUCAGACCAACACAAGGGCUCGGGGGGGUGGUUCCAGAACCCAUUCAAAACGCGUACCCAAGAUGCAAGCAAAGAGGAUCUUGAGAAAUGGCUGAAUGAGCAUAAAAGCUGGUACGAACUAUGGCAGCGGAGUCCCAGGUACCAGUCCGGGCUCAGUUUCCAACUAGAUGUGUCAGAGGGGAUCGUGUACGUCUUCUCUGCUGGCGGAUAUGCCCGACUGCUAAGGGCGCUCUUGAAACGAAAGUCCAUUGACGUUCGUGCCCAGAGUGACUACCACGGAACGCCAAUACACGCUGCCUCCUAUUUCGGCCGUAUAGACAUUGCGCACAUACUGCUAGGUGCAGGUGUUGAUGUCAAUGCGCAGGGUGGUAGAUAUGGCACUGCACUACAGGCUGCCUCUACUGGAGGAAACAAAGACUUGGUACAACUACUGCUCGAUGCAGGUGCCGAUGUUAAGGCGCGAGGUGGUCGAUAUGGUGGUGCACUACAGGCUGCUUCAUUCAAUGGAAAACGAGACAUUGUACAACUGCUGCUACAUGCAGGCGCUGAUCUGAAUGCUGUAGGUGGUGAACAUGGCACCGCACUAUACAGCGCCUCCUACUCUGGUCAUAUAGAUACAGCACUACUCCUGCUGGAUGAAGGAGCCGAUGUUAAUACGCCGGGUGGUAAAUUCGGCAAUGCACUACAGGCUGCCUCCAGGAAAGGAGCACAAGAUAUUGCAGAGUUACUGUUAACCGCAGGCGCUGAUGUCAAUGCCCAAGGCGGUAAAUACCACACUGCCCUACAGGCUGCAUCCAUCGACGAGAUGGAGGUCGUGACGGUGCUCUUGGCUGCAGGGGCGGAUGUCAAUGCUCAGGGCGGCUACUAUGGGAACGCACUCCAGGCUGCCACUUAUCACAGAGCAGCAGAUAUUGUGUCACUACUACUAGCUGCAGGCGCCGAUGUCAAUGCCAAAGGUACAUAUGGCACUCCAUUACAGGCUGCCACUCAGUCUGCUGGGGUCUUUGGAGGAGAAGUGGUCAAACAGUUAUUGCUGGAUGCAGGCGCUGUCCAAGACCCCGUGUCUUCCCGUGGGAAAGUUGGCGGAAGGAAAAAAGUAAAACCUCUAGUGUUAACCAAAUAG